AUGGCCGAGAAACGAAGACAACGGUCAGCCGAAUCAGAAGAGACGGAGACGCAGCAGAAGCAAGUCAGCAAGCGAGCCAAGACCAGCAACCACUCGACCACCAUGAACAACAACGGUCGCCCUCAACUUAAUCAGAAGAUGGCUCAGGCUGCCCUCGCAAGGAUCAAGAAACUCGAGUCCACCCAGAAAACAGCCCCGACAACCACAACAACCAACAUCACCACCUCGACCACGCCUUCCUCUUCUUCAUCACCCCAGUCUUCCGAUUCCUCCAACCAAACCGUCAACCCCACAAACACUCAGGAUGACCAACCAAACCCCUCCAAUCUUCUCAACCAUCAAACCGUCACUCCAUCUGCUUCAGAUCUCCAGCAGCAGAUCAAGAACUUGAAAGACCAGAUCGACACCAUCAAUAAAACCGCCUCGGCAUACAAAGACGUUGUCGAGAAUCAAGCCAGCCUAAUCGAUUCAAUCAAAUCCAGUCUUUCGUGUAACAUCUGCCUCGAAGUCCUUGACUCUCCAUACGCCCUUCUUUGUGGACACAUCUUUUGUCACAAAGAUCUGUACGCUUGGUUUCAUAGAACGGAUCCCUUAUCUGACCACUAUGACUCUGAUAUGCACUCCGAUAUACACGAGAUGGAUGAUGAUAAUGAUGAUGAUAUAAUCCGACUCGGCAACCAGCGUGCAGGCCCAAGACAGACUGAUGGCAAUUCAAGCGAUUCAGAAUUUGACCACUUCCAAUUGAAUCGAAUCGAACCUGCAAACCGAGGAACAACAAACGGCACUAAUCGUCCUAACCAGGCUAAUCUGGUCGGCUUGAUGAAUGAACCUGGCCCCGGACGCAACGCCAACCCAGCAACCCUACGACCGGUCUCCAUGCACAGACGCAGGAAAAACCUGAUUUGUCCGCAAUGUAGAGCAGCAGUGAUCCGGCGACCGAUGCUAUUGUAUGCAGUCAAGGAAGCCGCCGAAAAACUCAAGACGACUGGCACUCCUGUUCCAUCCUCAUCGUGUCCGACAGGCUCGUUCAGAAACUUGGUCGAACAACACCGGGACGAGAAAGAUCUCACAUGGGGACGACUCUUCGAAUCGGGUAACGAUCAAGAUCGCAUUAUUGAUAACGUCAGACGCGACGCGGCUGAGCGUCGCCACGUAGUCGUCGAUCUUGAAGAUGGCGUCCGCCGAUGCAGUCGAUGUGCUUGGGAAAUCGGCAACAAUGGCCUUUGUGAAGGAUGUGGGACUAGAUAUGCUUCAUUAGACACUGAUGAUUCCGAUGACGAAAGCUACCAUGCGCAUUUGGAAAGGCGGCCGUUUCCGGUAGAAUCGGGGUCGGACGAUGGAGAUUCGAUGGCGCGAAUGGUGAGUCAACUUGGCGAGAGCGAUGACAGCUCGGACGUGCAAGUGGUCCGGCGACGACCACAGGUGUAUGCGGAGAGUGACAGUGACGUGGAGGUGGAGGCCCAGCCGAGUGCAACGGCGCGUCGACGGGUGGCCGAGGAACAGCCUCGUCGAGCUGCAUCGAUUGCCGAGAUCUCGUCCUCAUCCCCCCACUCCAGCCGGCCCCACUAUUCCCCCUCGAACCACCGCGACGACCGGUCACAGGCAAGCACCACCGAUGAAGACCGUCGCUCUCCCGCCCGUCGUCCCGUCUACCGUACCGGCCUCGCCGUCGCGCACGGUCGCAUCAUCUCUUCGGACGACGACGAUGACGGAUACUCCAGCAACCAGUCCGAACCCGGAAGCCUCCGCCCUCCAACACCCUCCACGCUUGCGGCGAGCAACGACGGCUCCCAUUUCCAUACCGAUGAUCACGUCUCGCAGAGCAGCGUCGACUCGGGAAAAUCAGACGACGACGUCGAUGAUGAGGAUCGCGGUGACGGGUCGAUCCACCGGUCUUCCAGUGAUGCGUCCAUUCACAGGUCGUCCGACGAUGACGAGUCUCAGAGCGAUCUUGACGUCGAUGAUCACGCCGAUGACCCCGACUCGGAUGUCGAUUCUGAUUACUAUUGA